GAACGUGCGCGAGAAAAUGAUGAAUUCAUGAAAACACAAAAACUAGAGUAUCAAAUUGGUAAAAGGCACUUGGCUAACAUGAUGGGCGAAGAUCCAGAAACAUUUACGCAAGAGGAUAUCGAUAAUGCAAUCGAAUAUCUAUUUCCCUCGGGCUUGUUCGACAAACGUGCACGACCGCUAAUGAAAAGUCCGGAAAAAAUCUUUCCAGUGCGCAAAGCGGCGGAGUUUGACGAAACGGGCCGGCCAUUCCACAGUAUGUUCUAUACUGGAAGCCCUAAUUUCUUCAAAUUGUUGUUCGAUAUUGUGGAGGAGAUGAAUAAAUUAUAUGAACUGGAGGAACGUAUGUUGCGUCGUGGCACGCGCGCUGACCCAAACCAGAAAGUGGACUUCACUGGUUUCGAGUGGUUGCCUAAGAGUCAACUUGAAACCAAGUUGGUCGAACACAUUAACGACUUGGAGUAUACAAAUUUUACAAAUGCCAUGGAUCGCUUAGUGUCAUUACCAUUUUCAUAUAAAAGUCGUGACUUUAUUAACAAAUUCGCCAAACCGUUGCUGGAUCAGACAAAACAAUUGGAAAUACCAAAACCACAAUUCGAUGCAGAUGGUCGUCAAUUUGUUACUACAUAUGAGUGUUUACGUAAGACCGCACGUGGCGAUGUUACUAUACGGCUGCCUGGUACAGGAAAAAUUACAAUUAACGGGCAAGAUAUAACAUAUUUCGAAGAAUUACAGAGUCGAGAGCAGGUGCUCUUCCCGCUUGUUUUCGCUGAUAUGCUUGGUAAAGUUGACAUCGAGGCUAAUGUGGCCGGCGGUGGUCCAUCUGGACAGGCGGGUGCUAUUCGUUGGGGCAUAGCGAUGAGUUUGCGUAGUUUUGUCGAUCAAGAAAUGGUCGAAUCGAUGCCGACCACGCGCAUAAUUGAAGUUAUUCGCGUCCCUCACCGUUAA